AUGGCCCUCGACUCGGAUCAGUCUCCGCCCUUCUACCCGCUCACAAAGGACAACCAUGGGGCUCUCGUCGUCGUCACAGCCAUCAUCUUCUUCAUCUAUGCCCUCCUCGGCAUCGUGGGCAAGCUCAUUAUCCGCCUCAACAUCACGUCCAUGAAGGAUUUUGACCUGCUGCUCCUGGGAUCUGCCGCCAUCUACUUUUGCCAGACGGCCUGUGUCGUCGCCGCCUGCAACCACGGACUAGGAGAGCAUCGCAAAAACGUGUCGGAUGAGGAUUUUGCAAGUUUCAGCAAGUUGAUCUACGCCGCCCGAAUACUCGCAUUGCUCGUCGAUGCUACGACAAAGAUAUCGUUAUGCCUUCUCAUCAGGCAGAUCAGCAACAUCGGAGGCUUGAACCUCGCCAACCUGAUAUUAGCCGGUGUUGUAGUCGCAUACACUGUGGCAGGUAUAUUUGCGACAGCCUUCCAAUGCCCUCUUCCCGAACCAUGGGAGUCGCAAAGCAACGACCAGUGUCCUAGCCAAGGACCCAUCUUCAUCUUCAACGGCAUCAUGAACAUCUUGACCGAUCUUGCGCUGUGCGCUCUUCCCGUGGCCAUGAUGUGGGACGUCCAGACUUCGCUUAGGCGUAAGCUUAUCGUCAUGGCUCUCUUCGGCAGCCGUCUCAUUGUCCCCAUUGUUACGAUCCCCGCCCUGUCGCAGGCGAGCUACCUCUUUGGCGACUCUGACGAUGCGACAUGGAAGGCUGUUUCUACCAUGAUCUGGACGCAAAUAUCUCUUGGUCUCUCGGUGCUUACUGUGUGCAUCCCCAGUCUCAAAGGUGUCAUCGACAGUUUGUUAGGCCACACAGCUGUCGCCGCCAUCGGAGCCCCAUACGAGCUCAAGGACAGUGGCAACGGUACGGGUCUUGAGAUGACCGCUAUGGGAGAGUCUGGUGGCUCGAGGGGCAACACCAACAAGUCCACUACCAGGCAGGGCAGCCACGCUUUGAGCAGCGCCUUGAGAAUGGGGUCAAGAGCAAGGGGGAACGAACAACCGACAUGGCGGAGAGACGUGACGGCGCAAAUUGACACAAAAGCAGAGAUUGGCAGCGAAAGCGUGCGCAAGCUGACAGAGGGUGUGUUGGUGCACACAGAUUUCGAGAUGCAGUACGACGAAAGAGGAACAUCAGAGGCCUCACGGGCGGAUUCAAGAGGGUCGUACGAAGCUAGAUACAACAUGUAG